CUAAUCAUAUGACUUUCGUCACAUCGCACUUCUUCGUUUAUUGAUUCGUGUCUUGGGCUCGAUUCUCGCUUGACAUAGUUUUUGUGUUUCUCAAUUAUGGCGAGUCAGACACAGGGGAUCCAGCAGCUUUUGGCUGCUGAAAAGCGCGCGGCCGAGAAAGUAGCAGAGGCGAGAAAGCGAAAAGCGAAACGCCUAAAGCAGGCCAAGGAGGAGGCUCAGGAUGAGGUGGAGAAGUACAGACAGGAGCGCGAGAGGCAGUUCAAGGAGUUCGAGGCCAAGCACAUGGGUACGAGGGAAGGCGUGGCAGCCAAGAUCGAAGCCGAGACCAAGGUCAAGAUUGAGGAGAUGAACAGAAUGGUCCAGCAACAACAGGAGGGAGUGAUCAAAGAUAUCCUCAACCUGGUAUACGACAUCAAGCCCGAGCUGCACAUCAACUACCGCAUCAAGUAAACUCAACGCCAGUUACUAAGUCGUCGCGUUACUCCAUAAGAUGGCGUGACUAUAGCGUUUAUUGUUAUGGUUAUAACCUUAAAAUAUUCGGUAGGCUUAGCGCGGCAAUUGUUAGUUAGCGCCUUGAGAACAUACCUGUGUCCGCGCUCACAUUGCUUCUAUACACAUCUUGAAUAAACUUAAACAAUUUGUUUAUUAUCGAACUUUGAAGCUUUUCCACGUGACGCCAUUUUCCUCUCACGUUUGUUUUCAAGGCGCGAACCGACGCCAUUUUGUCAAUUUGACAACAAAAAACGCGGGAAUAACAGCUGUAAAUAUAAGAACGCUUGAUUUUUGCCCUAUUUUAAUUGAAAUAUUUAAAUAAUCAACGACGAAUUGUUAGAGAAUCAGCUCGAUAUCAUUCCAUUUGAUAACACCUGAAGAUCCGCUUGAGAACACAAUUAAAAAUAAAUAAACUAUACUCUAAAAUUGUACGUUAUAUUCAGUGUUGUAUGUUGAAUAGAAAUACAUAAUGUUUGAGAAAUGAUAUUUUUAAUGUUUUUAUUUUAUCUUGUUACAAAGUAGUCAGAUGGAAGUUGGUCUGUACAGUAUUAGAGGAAAUAUAUUAUUGAUGUAAUUCCAAA